AUGGUGAAAGCACGCGUCACAGUAACGUUGUUAUGUAUGAAUAAAGAUAAUCAUAGUGCUCCAUCGCCAAAUAAUAAUUCUUUAGCUAAAAAAUCAAAAUCUGUACCAAAUACACCAGAAAUUGAAACAAUGGACAAUCAUUUGUUACAAAGUAUUAAAGAAACAUUUACAAAUUCAUCGUUCAUUGGUGAAAUGACAAAUUUACUACUCAAUUCCAAUGUCCUUAUCAAUACGCUUACCAAUGUUGUAAAACAAGUGUGUCAGAAACAACAACAACAAAUUGAUUUUUAA